AUGUACCGCUUACUGACCAUUCUCUCCGGCCACGAGCUGGACGUGCGUGGCGUGGCCGCCCAGGGCGACUUGCUCGUUUCGUGCCUGCGGGACGGCACCGCCCGAGCAUGGAAUCUUGCCACAGGAACGCACGAGACGUUUUUCCGCUCCGCCAGCUUCAUCAAUAGCAUUUCUUCUGUUCCCGAGUUGGGGUUGGUGGCCGUGGCGGGAAAAGACGCCGUGAUCUACUUGUGCGAGCCGCACGAGCUGUAUGCGAAAGUGGGCGACGAUACAGGCCGCUUCCAGCUUGUCGGGCACACCAACAAUGUCUGUUCCGUGCGGAGCGGGUUUGGAAAACUCGUCCUGCUGUCAUGGGACAACACCGCCAAGGUGUGGGAUUUGCAGCUGUUUGCGGUCGAGCACGACCUCGUUGGCCAUGAGGCUGCAGUUUGGGAUGCCAUUUUCGUUGACUCCGACACUGUGCUCACGUGUUCGGCCGACCGUACUAUCCGUCGCUGGCACCGCGGCACACAAGUGGCCACCUACACGGGCCACACCGACGUUGUGCGGCGACUUGCCCUUUUGCCCGGUGGCCGCUUUGUGUCGGCGUCAAAUGACGGCCUGCUCAAAGUUUGGGACAUGGAACUGGGCCACGUGCUCCAUACGCUCCUGGGCCAUGCUUCUUUCGUCUACGACGUGGCUGUAACUCCUCACGGGCUUGUGUCCCUGGGAGAGGACCGUACGGUGUGUCUUUGGGACGCGCUGGCCUGGACAGUGGCGCAAGCCAUUUCGGUCCCGGGCAUUCUGGCCUGGUGCGUUGCCGUAUUACCCAAUGGCGAUGUGGCCGUUGGCACCUCUGACAGACACGUGUACGUGUUCACGGAGAGCGAAGAGAGACAAGCGCCGUUGCACGUGGCCGAAGCCUACGCCCAGCAAGUGAGUGCUGCAGCCAUUCCAGAACAGGCUGUGAAUCUUCUGCGCACAGACGUGCCUGGCAUUGAACGGUUGCAACAGGCGGGCAAGCGCGAGGGUGAGACAGUGAUGGUGCGCAGCAACACGGGUAUUGUGGAAGCACACCAGUGGUCAGGUGGCCUGUGGGUGAAAAUCGGCGAUGUGGUGUCUGCAGCAGGUUCAGGAACAAAGCAGCAGUACAACGGCAAGGAGUAUGACUACGUUUUCGAUGUGGACGUGGCCGAUGGCCAACCUCCGCUUAAAUUGCCAUUCAAUGCCACGGAUAACCCCUACACUGCCGCAGAGAAGUUUUUGGCUGACAACGACUUGCCGGCGUCAUAUGCGGACGAGGUUGUGCGUUUUAUUGCCAAGAACACAGAGGGUGUCGAAAUUGGACAAACUGGGAACCCAAAUACGGGAACGGACUCUAGCGCUGGACCUGGUGUAGCUGCGUCUAUGUCUCCCGCUGCAUCUACUCCAGAAGCUUCUACUGUUCUCGUUACGUUUCCUGACUUUAAGCCAGAACAGCUUGUGCGCGGCUACUCCAAGCUUGCACUUCCUUCUGACCCUUCUGUGCCGUCAGCCUUGAAUGACCUUGUCUCUCGCUCGGCCCUUCAUCUCGUCGACAAUGUUAUUCCGCAGAUUUUGAGCUUGCCAGGAAACCAGAAGUUGUUGGGCUUGGAUAUGCUCCGUAUAUGUAUCCCGCGUAUCACUGUGGCUGACUUGAUUCAGUCUACAGAUACGGCAGAGAACAUAUUGAAAAUGAUGCUUGCUGCUCUUAACGAAAUCGCUGGCGAACCAACGUUAGUCAUGAUGGCUGCUCGUGUGCUGUGCAACUUGACUGCCAGCGUGCUUUUUGCCCAGCUAUUCUUAACUGGUGAAGGCUCUUCCACCGUUUUCAACAGUUUUUUCGAGGACUAUGCCGCUCGCUUUGUGAAAGCUGUCAGUCUGCUUGAAGGCACACAAUCCAACAAGCAUUUCUCUAGCGCAGCAGUCGCUGCCAGUGCGUUUUUGUAUAACCUUUCUGCGUACAGCAUCAAAAACCGCAUGGGUUCCCAAUCGUUACUGAAAAUUGCGGAACUUUUGGAUACAGUGGGUGAGCUUUUGGUUCGUGCGGACGCAGAAGCCGCCUACAGAUUGUGUUUGACAGCAAGAAACUUGCGUCAUGGUGGAGUGGAGCUUAGAAGCUGGUACUCUGUCUGUAAAGAGACGUAUAUGUCUGCGCGGUUUCAAGAGGAGUACGCAAGAAUCGACGUGUGA